AUGGAAAUCGUGGAGGUAGCGCCGAUGCAGCGUCGGUCGGCGUUGACUGAGUGCCGAUGCGUGUUGGUGCAGCGCCGAUGUCGCAAAAGUCAACAGGAUGGUGCGGGAGACUCCCGCGAGUUGCCCCAGGAGAUUUCGUGGGCUGGGGCCGGACGACUUCCCCUUGCCUGGCGCGCGGGGCGCGCCAGGGGCGGCGUCGGAGGCGUCGCCAGGGGGGUCCAGUGCCAGGCCCAAGCAAUCCGCGUGGACCUCCGACAGUCGAUGUUCGCGCGUGUUUUUUUGCGUUUUCCUAGCUUCGCUGGGCUGCUGCCGAUGGUGAAGCGGAUGUCCACCAGAGACGACGGGCUUCUAUCCGUGUACAAAGUGUGCGCCCACAACUGUUUCGACCAGGAGCAGGUGCACUCCCUGCGGCCAGAUGAGCUGCAGCCCCUGGAUGGCCAGGGCUCUUUGAACACCACCUGGGACUUCGGAUUCGGCGCAGGCGGGAGUGGCGUAGAUUUGAUCGACGACUUCCAUAGGCAGGUGGAUUCGUCGCUUCGUGACUGCGACGCUGUGAGCUUGAAUCGACGGUUGUAUCUAAUUCAUUUGUUCCAGCACUAUGUCACGUCGUACCAUCAGGACACGCACGUGCCGCCGCACUUCACGAUUUACAACCAGGUUUGCGGCUACAGCGUCUUCCACUUCCUGCCGCUGCUGGUCGGCCUGUAUGUGACCCACGUCGGGAGGGCUGGCCCGCUCGAGCUCCAGAGGGUCCUGGGCGAGCUGGACCGCCGGGGCGUGGGGUCGCUGGGGACGCUGGGGCCGGACAGGGUGGCGCUGAUCACGCCGUUCGGCUCGCACGGCGUCUGGGUGCCGUCCGUCGCGCACAACCCGUCGCUCAGGCCCUUCGAGGUGUCGCUCAUCCGGGCGGCGGAGCUGUACGCGCGCCCCGUGCUCGACCGCACCAGGCAGGCGCUGCGCGGCGGGCGGUGGAACCACGCCGUGGAGCCCACGGCCGCGGAGCAGGCGCAGGCCCGGGCGUUCGCGGCGGCCCAGGAGCGGAUCUGCGAGGACCUGGGCCUGACCAGGUCGGAGUGGGCCCUGCUGGCCCGGGAGACCUGGGAGGCCUGGUCGCAGGACAGCGACGAGGAGCAGGAGCGCUGCCAGUGA